UGUCUUUCUUCAUAAUUUGAGUAUGUUGUUUUCGCUCUUUUGAACUGAAAUUUUUUCUUUUUUCUCUUCGUUUUUUGAAUCAGGUUAAUCCUUAUCUGAAGCGGGUGGGUCGUUUUUCUUAUAUAGUCAAGGUAUUUAUACGCUGGUUUCAGGAUACAAAUACUCUGUUUCCGAAGCCAGGUAUACAAUACUCUGUUUCAUAGCUCUCAACUGGGUUUUGUGAAUUUUUAUUUUAUUUUAUUUUAUUUUUUUGUUUUCUGAGCAUGUAGUCAACAAAGAUGAACUUCUAUUGGGAGAUUGUCAGUGUUUUCUUCGCUUUGAUAUUUCUUUCAUGGAUUUUGGUGGAGAUUGUGAGGGGAAGUAGAAGAAGGAACGCUAGAAGCAGAGGUUUCGGUCAGUACAGAGGUUUUUCUCUGUCCACUAUUAUUUUAAAUGUCAUAAUCUCGGUUUUGUACCUGGGAUUUGGACUUUUUGAUUGGUUUAACUAUAAAACUAUCAAAUCUAAAUGGUUUUUCUCGGCCAUAGCCUGGAUCUUAGCCUCUGUAGUUGUAGUCUAUUCCAAAUUUACAAUUCUCAACCGUGAGAAAAAAUGGCCGGUAAUACUCAUAUUUUGGUGGGUAUUUUCCACCAUUAUUGGGUUUCUCUGUGUGUUCCGGUAUCUUUCUGAGUUUCUCAAAUUUGUAGAGAUACCGGAUUAUUUUCCACAAGCUAGCGUUGUGGAUGUUGCUUCCUUUCCCUUGUCAUUGUUGCUCUGUUUCUUCAAUAUUUUUGGCUGUACCAAGAAUGACAGUGAUCUCCAAGUCCAAGAACCCUUGCUUCAAAAUGAGAAUAAUGAAUCUCAAGUUUUUACCGGUGCUGGAAUUUGGAGCAGGAUUUCAUUCCAAUGGCUGAAUGAACUCUUCGAAACCGGAAGAGUUCAAAAGCUUGAGUUUUCUCAUGUUCCCUCUGUGCCUGUAUCAGAAAGAGCAGAUAAUGCUGCAAAUGUGCUUGAACAGUCACUUUGGCACCAGAAAAUUGAGGAUGCUUCAUUGACUAGUGCCAUACUCCAUGCUACAUGGAAGUCAAUGGCCAUAAAUGCUGUUUUUGCAGGAAUAAAUACUGCUGCAUCAUACACAGGCCCUUUCCUGAUCACUAAUCUCGUGAACUACUUAUUGGAAAAAAGUGAGGGUACAAGCUUCGAGUAUGGUUUUCUUCUCGCAUUCAUUAUCUUCUUCUCAAAAACAUUGGAGUCCGUUACACAAAGGCAGUGGUAUUUCGGUGCUCACCGAAUUGGACUGAGAGUACAAGCAGCCCUAACUGUACUUAUUUAUAAGAUGUCCAUAUCGAUGAAGUAUUCUGGGCCAAACAGUGGUAAAAUCAUAAAUUUAAUCAACGUGGAUGCGGAGAGGAUUGGAGAUUGCUGCCUCCACAUCCAUGGAGUUUGGUUGCUUCCACUCCAAGUCUUUCUGGCUUUUGCCAUACUCUAUGGGAACUUGGGUGUUGCCCCUGCCUUUGCUACUCUUCUCACCACAGUUCUUGUGGUUGUCUGCAAUGUUCCUUUAGUGAAGAUGCAGAAAAGCUUUGAAUCCAAUAUUAUGGAGGCCAAGGAUUCAAGAAUCAAGAAGACUUCUGAGAUUCUAAAGAGCAUGAGAGUUCUAAAGCUGCAUGGUUGGGAGCAAAGAUUCUUGAUGAAGCUUCUCCAACUCAGAGAAACUGAGAGAAGCUGGCUAAAGCGAUAUCUUUAUACGUGCUCAGCCGUGGCAUUUCUCUUUUGGACUUCACCUACUUUAGUUUCAGUUGUCACAUUCGGUGUUUGCAUUCUGGUGAAAACGCCAUUGACAGCAGGCACAGUCCUGUCAACUUUGGCAACAUUGAGAAUUCUUCAGGAGGCAAUCUACAACUUGCCGGAGCUCAUAUCAAUCAUUGCUCGAACAAAGGUCUCAUUAUAUCGUGUUUGUGAAUUCAUCAAAGAAGAUCGAAGAAACAAACCGAUACAUUGUCACACUUCUAAGGCUUCUUCGAAUAUUGGGAUCAAAAUUGAGAAGGGGGAAUACACUUGGGAAACAAGUGAUCGGAAUCUAAAUAAGCUUGUUCUAAAAAUUAUGGAGAAGUUGAGUGUUGUACAAGGAUACAAGGUUGCAAUUUGUGGUUCAGUAGGUUCGGGAAAAUCAAGCUUACUUUAUAGUAUACUUGGUGAGAUUCCUAGGAUUUCGGGGACAAGAAUAAAAGUCUAUGGUACAAAGGCUAUUGUACCACAAACUUCUUGGAUCCAAACUGGUACUGUGAGAGACAAUGUGCUUUUUGGGAAAAACAUGGAUGGAGCUUUUUAUGAGCAUGUCUUGAAAGCAUGUGCUCUGGACCAGGAUAUCAAGAUGUGGGCUAACGGAGAUCUAAGUUUGAUAGGAGAAAGAGGGAUCAACUUAAGUGGAGGACAGAAGCAGAGAAUUCAACUAGGACGGGCUGUCUAUAGUGAUUCAGACGUUUACUUCCUUGACGACCCUUUCAGUGCUGUUGAUGCACAUACAGGAACACAUUUGUUCAAGAAAUGUCUGAUGCAACUAUUGUCCAACAAGACUGUCGUCUAUACUACCCAUCAACUUGAAUUUUUAGAAGCAGCAGACCUUGUUUUGGUAAUAAAAGACGGUCUCAUCGCCCAAUCAGGAAAAUUUGAAGAUCUGAUUAAAAAUCCAAAGGGUGAACUAGUGUGUCAAUUGGCUGCGUAUAAGAAAUCGAUCAACCAAUUAAAAACAUCCCAGAAGGACAAUCCAUGUGAUAAUAGUGCACCCCAUGCAGAAGAUGGGAUAGAAGAGCUGAAAGAGCAGCAAAGAGAGCCCUUAUCCAAUGGCAAGCUUCAGGAGAAAAUACAAGAAGAAGAAGAAGAAGCAGAAACUGGUCGAGUAAAAUGGGGUGUUUACUCGACCUUUUUGACUUCUGCAUAUGGAGGAGCUUUUAUCCCUAUCAUACUACUCUGCCAUGUUUUCUUUCAAGGACUACAAAUGGCAAGCAAUUACUGGCUUGCUUGGGCCACAGAGAAACAAGGCAGAGUCAACAGCAAUCAGCAAUUAAUAGGGAUAUUCAUAUUGUUAUCUUUCGGGAGCUCUGCAUUCAUAUUAGGAAGGGCAGUCUUUCUUUCCACCAUUGCUUUAGAGACUGGAAAAAAUCUAUUCCAUGGGAUGACAACUGCAAUUUUUCGAGCACCCAUAUCUUUCUUUGAUUUGACACCUUCAAGCAGAAUCCUUAGUAGGUGUUCCACUGACCAAAGCACGAUUGACACCAACAUACCAUACAGAGUAGCUGGAUUAGUUUUUGCAAUUAUUCAGCUAUUCUUUGUUAUUGCUCUUAUGUCCCAUGUGGCCUGGGAGAUCUUUCUUCUUUUUCUUCUUGUUAUUGGCAUUUCGUUAUGGUAUCAGGCUUAUUACAUUACCACUGCCAGGGAACUAGCCAGGAUGGUUGGGAUUAGAAAGGCUCCAAUACUCCAUCAUUUUUCUGAAUCCAUCACAGGAGCAACAACAAUACGUUGCUUUAAUCAGGAAGACAGAUUCUUGAUGAAACUUCUUAGUCUGAUUGAUGACUAUUCUCGGGUAGCAUUUCAUAAUGCUGCCACAAUGGAAUGGUUGUCAGUUAGGACCAAUUUUCUAUUCAACUUGGUUUUUUUUCUUGUUUUAAUCAUCUUGGUUAGCCUGCCUCCAUCAACCAUUGACCCUAGUUUGGCAGGACUUGCUGCCACCUAUGGCUUAAAUCUAAAUGUUCUUCAGGCAUGGAUUAUUUGGAAUAUGUGCAAUGUUGAAAAUAAAAUGAUAUCAGUUGAGAGGAUUCUUCAAUUCACAAAUAUACCUAGUGAAGCACCAUUAGUAAUUGAAAAAUGUAGGCCAAACCCUGAAUGGCCAAGCCAUGGAAGAAUUGAACUGGAAAACCUUCAUGUCCAAUACAAUCCUGACCUCCCAAUGGUUCUCAAAGGGAUUACUUGUACUUUUCCUGGAAAUAAGAAAAUCGGUAUUGUAGGCAGGACAGGAAGCGGAAAGUCCACAUUAAUCCAAGCUCUAUUCAGAGUUAUGGAGCCUUCAAGAGGACGGAUUGUUAUAGAUGGAAUUGAUAUUUCUGAAAUAGGGUUGCUGGAUUUAAGGUCAAGGUUGGGUAUUAUACCACAGGAUCCUACUUUAUUUCAGGGGACAAUUAGAACAAAUUUGGACCCUUUAGAGCAGCAUACCGAUAAAGAAAUAUGGGAGGUUCUUAACAAAUGUCGGUUGGCUGAGAUAAUAAGGCAGGAUAUACGACUUCUGGAUGAACCUGUUUCUGAAGAUGGUCAAAAUUGGAGUGUUGGCCAAAGGCAGCUUGUCUGCCUGGCCAGAGUACUCAUGAAUAGAAGAAAAAUCCUUGUCUUAGAUGAGGCCACAGCUUCUAUUGAUAUUGCAACCGAUAAUUUUAUCCAACAAAUGAUAAAAAAAGACACAUCUGGUUGCACCGUCAUAACUGUGGCUCAUCGGAUUCCCACAGUAAUUGACAGUGACUUAGUUCUUGUUCUUGAUGGAGGCAAUAUUGUGGAGUAUGAUGCUCCUGCUAGAUUACUUGAGGAUAGUUCUUCGUCAUUCUCAAAGUUAGUGGCAGAAUUCUCAAGUAGAUCAUCCAGGAGAACUAGGGGCACCUCCUGAGCACGAGUACAAAUUAUGCUUGAAGCUUAAUUUUGAUCCAAUCUUAAGGUGACCAUAAAAGUGUGGCUUUAUGAUUGUGUCCAAUCCCACACCGGUACAUACUUAGGCGAAGAUUUUUGAACAUAUCAGUAUAAACUUGGAGCCAUUCCACUCAUGUUAGUCCUAUAUGCUUUACGGAAGAAACGAAAUGGAGCAAAUCCUCUUUGCAUAGCCUGGAAAUUUUAUGUUUGUAAAUAUUGUAUUCUUCCGUGUCAGAGAACUAUUUCCAAGACUUUCAGUGGUUUAAAAGUUUGACUAUAGCCUGUAGCC